AUGUGCGCCACAAUACCGACCCUUCUUGCUACGCAAAUAAAAAUUCCCACGCCACUUAAAACUGUAAAAAGAUUAGGAGCCGAUCGCGGCGAACCACAACCAACUCCCACACAAAAAAAUUAUCCAGUUGAGACACCCCGUAGGAUGUUCAAAGUAGCAGCCACCAGCUGUAGUGCAAUGCCAGCUGCAGUGCAAUAUUUUGUUCCAUUAAGUGGGUAUUAUCGCGAACCUGCUCAAAAGUAUACUGGUGAGAAAUGUCGAAAACUUGAAGGUCUCGAUGAAUUAUGUGAAGAUAUCAAAAUCCAUCAUAUGACUGGGCUCGCAUACUUAACUUGUGGUGACAAACAGAGUCGUUUAACCCAAUGGUUUCCACCGCUUGGUGUGCUCCAAAAUUACAGUUAUCACUCAAGGGAUACUUUUUACGUCUAUAAUAUUGAGACAGACAAACUAACUCCUCUUACUCUCAAAAACUUUGCCGACGAAGAAGACUUCUCGCUUCAUGGUUUUGGGAUGUAUGAAGAUCCUACAGAACCUGGUUACAUUUAUUUCUUUCUUAUAAAUCACAGACGCUCCGGAAGUGUGAUCGAAUUAUUCAAGCACAAAAUAAACUCUUUCGAAUUGCAUCAUUUAAAAACUUUUAAACAUGAUUUGAUUUAUAAUCCCAAUAAUGUGGCUCCUGUGUCCAAAGAUGAGUUCUAUUUGACAAAUGAUCUUUACUACCGAUCGUAUUGGAAGAAACAAUUUGAACUUCUCACACGUCGUAGAUGGGGUAAUGUCGUCUUUCACUCCUCAAAAACUAAUAUUACAGAAAUAGUUGCUGAUAGUUUAAAUUAUGCGAAUGGAAUUGCCACAAAUUGGGAUUAUUCACGUGUUUUUGUUGGUGCGCUCGGUACGGGAGAACUUUUAAUAUAUGAAAGAAAGCCUGAUAAUAAAUUAAAGCUGUUGGAAGCUGUUCAAGUUGAACAUCCUAUUGAUAACGUUAAUGUGGAUCCUGUGACAGGUGAAAUUUAUCUUGCAGUGUCAAACAAUAUCGUACAUGUGUUUUUAUAUAUAAAUGGUGGAAAAGAUGCCAAACCUGCAAUCAGCGUAUUUAAAGUUAGCAACAACACUGGAGAAAAUAGAUUUUAUGGGAUCAAUUACGAAAAAAAGAAAAUAUUUGAAGAUGAUGGUACACUGUUUAGUUGCAUUUCUGUGGCAGCCGGUGAUAGUGUUAGGAAAGUAAUGUUACUUGGAUCUUUUUUUACACCAGGAGUUAUUAGAUGUGAAUUGGAAUGA